AACAACCAUUGAUAAAAGCAAGCAUUGAAUAAGACAAUAUUAUUGGUUUGAAAUUAUAAAUAUCUCUUGAAGUGUCUUUUACAAUGAUUUUCUCUUUUCAUAUGUUAAAUCACUAUCAAAGUAAAUCAAUCAUUCACAUUCAAAUUACUUGGACAACUAUUACUGAUUAUAGUGAUCAAUUUGUCAUUACAUCCGACUGUUUAACUUCACUUAUACUGCUAACAAAAUUAAACCGAAAAUGAGCAGAAAUCAAGUUAUUGGUGAUCCAUACGCUGGUUUUGAGGAUGAGGAAUUAUAUUACUUCGAGGAAGAAAAUGAAAAACUAAAUUAUUUUUUCUUUCCUCCAAUAGAAGAUGACCUAAACUAUUCUUUUCAUUCUAUUGCAAGAGAUGAUGAUAGUGAUGAUUCUGACACUGAAUCCGUUGUUUCUGAUGUAUCUUCUAUAUUUGAUUACAACAAAACAAAUAUCCUCAAAGAAAGAGUUGAUUUAUCUGAUGGUUUGUUUGAUGGAUCUCGAAUAGAACCAGUGCCUGCAGGCAAUGCUAAUUGGCGAGCAUACUUUAGAAAAUGUAUAGUUGAAAAUGAGAGUUAUAUCAUGUUGAACAAAAUUUUGCUAGUUUCUUUUCAAACUGAAUGUCUAAAACAUCUCAAUUCUAUUCGUGAUGAGUAUAUUCUUAAGAUGAAAAAGCUUGAAGAAGAACACUAUAAACCUAUUAAACGGAUGAAAGAAAAAUUCAAUAAAAGUAUUGCUACCCAAACCAAGAAAGAAAGAAAACAAAUGAAAAUAGGAUCAUGUAAAACAUACAACCUCAUACAAGAAUCAUUGAGCGAUUAUUUUGAUUUGCAAGGAAAAUUAGAUGAAAUUUAUUUAAAGAAGAUAAAACUUAUCACAUCUUCAAUGGUUGGAAUAGAAAACGAAUUUUUAAAACGUAUCGAAGAAGGAUUUUAUGUAUAGCACUAUUUUUGUUAAUUUGAGUGUAUAAAUUGCUAUAAGUUCUUUGAAUUUCUAAUUAUUUUUGUAAUUCUUCAUACUAAGUAUUGUUUCUUUUGGUCUUUUUUUCCUUAUUUAUAAAUAUAUAAUGUAAUAUUUAAUAAAUUUA